GAAGGCAGCGUUGGCUGCUUCUUCUUUCACCGAUCCAUGCCUUGUCAAUUGAACCUCCAGCGACAAAACUCCAUCCAUGGCCGCUUCUUUACCCCUCUCCCUUUUGGUUCCAUUAUCACUCUCUCGGUUCCUCGUCUUCUCUAUAUUUUUUACACGCCUUCUGCACCUCCGGUUUCUCCAUCUCUCUCUGGCAUUUCGUUUCCUCUGCUUCUCUUGUGUAUCGAUCGAAGUGGUUUUUGAUUUUCUGCGAUUCGAUCAUGAAGAUUAAGAGGUAUCAUAGAUCUGGAAGCAUUCGAGGUAGGGUGCAGGACAUCCUCUCUUCUUAGCAGGACGAACUGGUUUCCCUCCUCUCCAGGUAUGUUUCGCGGGGGAAGGGGAUAAUGCAAUCUCAUCACCUAAUAGAUGAGCUAAGCAAUCUGGUGAAAGAAGAUGAACCAAUGCUAUUUUCGAAGGUUUUCUUGGUUCUGUGGGUCUGCCUACUUCCGGGGAAGGGUUAGGAGUCUCAUUUCUCUCGCAUGGACUUCGGCCCAAUCUUACUUGUAGUGAGCGUGGUGCGAACUAUUCUAGCAGCCUGAGUUUACGCCCACACAGUUAUUCGAAGGGUAUGCUAAGUGGUUCCUCGAUCACCAGAAAAAAAAUGAAGCCAUCUAGAAUGUUCUGGCACACCUCUGGGCGGGAGCAAGAACUUGAGAAUUGCUUGAUGGUCCUGAUGAAAUACACCAAGGUACAAUUGCCAACUUCGAAUUAUAAAGAGCUGAGCUUUGAAAGCUUCAGAGCAAUAAUUUUAAGCAGCCAGAGUUUUUAUUUUCUCUUGGUUAAAUUUAAACUGAACAUUGUUUGUUAAUCUCACCAUCUAAGUUUGCAACAAAAAAGGGUUACUUCUAAUUCCAUCCCAUAUUUCAUGAAUCCUGAGAAAUCUUUUCUGAGACCAUUGAAAGACCCUCCUUUUUUAAAGAGAGUUUUUUCACCCACAAGUUUGCCAACAGAAAUAACUGCCAUUUGAACUAAAUCUAUAUUUAGCAUUCCUUCCAUAUCCUAUAUAGAACACUCUCCUUUCACAAAUAUUCUAUAAACCAGAGCCCAAGGGGCGUCUUAGACUCAGCUACUCUGUGUAAGAGAGCCCCAGCAGCUCUGUUUAUUUAGCCCUAAUUAUCUCAUUUGCAUAAAAAAAAAACUGGGAGAAUUUUUUACUUUUUUUGAAUUUUCAUUAUGCUGUUCUGUUAAAGAUGGCAUACGGAUCAAGUGAUGGCGCGGACAAGAAGAAGAAGGUCGCCAUCAUUGGCGUCUCAUCAUUGAUUCUGGUGGCUAUGGUUGUUGCCGUGGCAGUUGGGGUUAAAAGCAACAACAGCUCGGACUCGUCAAACUCCGGCAAUGCUGCUCCAGCCAGUGAGCUUUCAACAUCAUCAAAGGCGGUUAAGGCCCUUUGCGCACCAACUGAUUACAAGGAAACCUGUGUCAAGAGCCUUGAACCAGCCGCAGGAAACACCACCGACCCAAAAGAGCUUAUCAAGAUUGCAUUCGACAUCACAAUGAAGACAAUCAAAGAAGCAAUUGCAAACUCCACAACCUUGAAGGAUCUGGCCAAGGACCCAAGGGGGAAAGUAGCUCUUGACAAUUGCCAAGAAUUGAUGGAACAUGCCAUUGAUGAUCUCAAAGAGUCAUUCGAGAAACUCGGAACUUUCGAAAUGAGCAAGCUCCAAACAUUCGUUGAGGACCUCAAGACUUGGAUCAGUGGCUCACUAACAUACCAACAAACAUGCCUUGAUGGAUUCCAGAACACAACAGGGGAAGCUGGACAGAAAAUGAAGGAAUUCUUGAAAAUUUCAUGGGAACUCACAAGCAAUGGCCUUGCCAUGGUUGAUGAAUUCUCUAAAGUCAUUGGUUCUUUCAAUUUCCAAGGCACAAGCCGUCGUCUUAUGGAGAGCGAUGAAGCCCCUUCGUGGCUUGAUGCCAGUAAGCGCAAGCUUUUAGCUGCAACUCCAGCCACAAUUAAGCCUGAUGUUGUGGUGGCUAAAGAUGGAACUGGCAAGUACAAGACUAUCAAUGAGGCCUUGAAAGAUGUACCAGUUAAGAGUGCAAAACAAUUUGUUAUUUACAUCAAGGCUGGUAUCUAUAAGGAGAAGGUCGAUGUUCCAAAGAAUUUGACCAAUGUUGUGAUGAUUGGAGAUGGACCAUCAAAGACCAGAAUAACGGGAGACAUCAGCUACGUCAUGGGUGUCACCACCACCUGGCAAACAGCCACAUUCUCUGCUGUUGGAGCUGGAUUCAUGGCAAAGGAUAUCGGAUUCGAGAACACAGCAGGACCUGAAGGACACCAAGCAGUGGCAUUGCGUGUGCAGGCCGACAAGUCUGUAUUUUACAAUUGCCAUAUGGAUGGGUACCAAGACACUCUCUACACCCACGCCCACCGCCAAUUCUUCCGCGACUGCACCGUCUCUGGUACCAUUGACUUUGUCUUCGGCAACGCUCUUGCUAUCUUCCAGAACUGCAAAAUGGUAGUCAAGAAGCCCAUGGACAACCAAAAGUGCAUUGUUACUGCACAAGGCAGGCUUGAGGAGCGCGAACCAACUGCUAUAGUCUUCCAAAACUGCUCCAUCACAGCAGAACCUGCAUUGUUAGCUGUCAAGGACAUAAACAAGUCUUACCUCGCCAGGCCAUGGAAGGAAUACUCCAGGUUCAUUCUUAUGCAGUCUCAAAUUGAUGGGUUCAUCCAACCGGAGGGAUUCUUGCCAUGGAUGGGUACAUUUGCUAUCAACACAUGCUGGUAUGCUGAGUUUGGUAACAGAGGACCUAGUGCAGUGACCACACACAGAGUCACAUGGCCUGGUAUCAAGAAACUCACAGCAGAAACUGCUGUGGAUUUCACUCCAGCCAAGUUCUUCCUGGGUGAUUCCUGGAUUCCUGCCACUGGAGUUCCCUAUGAGCCUGGCAUGAUGAAUGUGUAGAAGAAGAAUGAAGAAGGAGAACAGCUUUUCCAAUAGUUAGUCCAUUAAUUCCUAUAUACGUUAGUAUAAUUGUGCUUUG